AAAUAGCAACCUUGCAUAUCGACACAUUUACUGCCCCUGUAUUCAGAAGCAAACCAGAGAUUGAUGUUGGUUUCCUGCAUGGUGGAUUUUGGAAGUACAACACCAAGCCUUCUAAUAUUGUUUCUCUCGAUGAGGAAAUUAUUGAUGAUGAAACUGAAGGGAAACGCACCAUUCAAGAUGAUGUUGUAGUUGCUGGACAAGAUUUUGCGGCAGGUUUGGUGCGGAUGGGAAUCCUUCCAAGGCUUCGCUAUGUUUUGGAGUCUGACCCUACGGCAGCUUUGGAAGAAUACACAAUAUCUAUACUUAUUGCAAUUGCAAGGCAUUCCCCAAAAUGUGCGAAUGCAAUCAUGAAUUGUGAAAGGCUUCUUGAAACAAUUGUCAGCAGAUUUAUCGGAGAAGACAGUGUAGAUAUCCAGCCUUCAAAAAUAAAGUCUGUUAGACUUCUAAAGGUGAUGGCUCAAUCUGAUCGUAAGAACUGUGUUGCUUUUAUAAAGAAUGGGACUUUCCAAACUAUGACAUGGCAUUUGUAUCAAUCUAUUUGCUUCCUUGACAACUGGGUAAAAUCUGGAAAGGAAAACUGUAAACUUUCUUCGGCUUUGAAGGUUGAACAGCUGCGUUUUUGGAAGGUUUUUGUUCAGCAUGGCUAUUGUGUGUCAUACUUCUCAGAUAUUUUCCAUAACUUGUGCUUGUGGCUGAACCCACCUACAAUUGAAAAACUUAUUGAGAAUGAUGUACUUGGUGAAUUUACGUCCAUCUCUACAGAAGGAUACCUUGUUCUGGAGGCUUUGGCUAGAAGGCUCCCAAGUUUGUUCUCACAGAAGCGUCUGAGCAAUGAAAUCUCUGAGCAUUCUGGUGAUGGAACUGAGUUCUGGUCUUGGAGCCAAGUUGGUCCAAUGGUUGAUAUAGCUCUCAAGUGGAUAGUUUUGAUGAGUGAUCCCAGUAUUUGUAAUUUCUUUGAGAGAGAAAGUGGAAGUCGUGGUGGUCUUGCUUCCCAAGAUUUAUCAGUCACUUCCUUGUUAUGGGUGUAUUCAGCUGUAGUACAAAUGCUUUCCAGAGUGCUUGAAAGAGUGGUCCCAGAUGAUUCUGUCCACUCACAUGAAAGUGGUAGUCUUGUGCCAUGGCUUCCAGAGUUUGUUCCUAAAGUUGGACUUGAAAUGAUUAAAAAUGGGUUUAUAGGCUGUUCAGAUACUCUUGAUGCGAAAUUUGGAAAAGAUCCUAGCGGAGGUGACUCUUUCAUUGAGAAACUGUCUCAUUUGAGAAAUCUGGGUAAAUGCGAAACAUCAUUAGCUUCUGUAAGUUGCUUACAGGGGUUAGUGGGGCUUGUCGUUAGCAUUGAUAAGUUGAUAAUGUUAGCCAGGACAGGCGUCCAAACACCUCCCCAAAAUUACCCUUCAUCUAGAGAAGAGAAAAUACUCAAGGACGGUAUACUUAAGGGGUCUUUGGUUGAAUUGAGAAGUGUGCAAAAUACUUUUAUGAAGUUAGUUGCUUCUGAGUGGCCCCUUGUGCAGUCCAUUGAGAUGUUUGGCAGGGGAGGACCUGCUCCCGGGGUGGGAGUUGGCUGGGGUGCCUCUGGUGGAGGAUUUUGGUCUGGUAGUGUUUUGUUGUCGCAAGCAGAUGCAAGAUUUCUCGUUGACUUGCUUGAAACUUGGAAGCUUGUGUCCAAUUUGGAUAGCCCCACAGAAAAAGAAAUGACUUUUACUAUGCUGGCAAUUAAUUCAUCUUUAGGAGUAUGUGUAACUGCUGGACCAACAGACAGGACUUAUGUGAGAAAGGUGUUAAAUAUUUUGCUUGAUGUCUCAGUUCUUAAGUAUCUUGAUCUCUAUAUUCGACGUUUUCUUUCCUCAAAUGGGGGUUUGAAACUGUUUGAUUGGGAUUAUAAAGAAGAGGAUUAUGUACUCUUCAGUAAAACAUUAGCUUCUCAUUUCGGAGACAGAUGGUUAUCCAUAAAGAAAAAGCUCAAAGAUAGCGUGAAUUCCUCUGAUAGUAAAUCACUGAAAAAGGGUAAAGGUUCCCUUGAUACUAUAUACGAGGAAUCGGACACAUCACCUUUGAUCACUCAAGAUUGCACUUCUUUAGUUGUAGAGUGGGCUCACCAGAGACUGCCACUACCCAUUUCCUGGUUUCUCAGUCCAAUCUCAACCCUUUGUGAUAGCAAGCAUGCUGGUCUUAAGAAAUUCUCCAAUUUACAAGAUCUCAUGCAGGAUCAAGGGGAUUUUGUUGUAGUUGCCAAAGCUGGGCUUUUCUUUCUUUUGGGAAUUGAAGCACUGUCCAGUUUCUUACCAGCUGACAUUCCAUCCCCAGUUAAAAGUGUAUCGUUAGCUUGGAAAUUGCAUUCUCUAUCUGUGAUUUUACUCGUGGGAAUGGGUGUGGUUGAGGAGGAGAAGAGUAGGGUUAUUUUUGAAGCUUUACAAGAUCUCUAUGGGAACCUUCUUCAUCAGUCAAGGUCGUCUGACUUAAUGCCAGAACAUAGAAAUGAAAACAACCUGGAGGUUCUGGCAUUCCAAUCAGAGGUUCACGAGAGUUACUCUGUAUUUAUUGAAACUCUUGUGGAUCAGUUUUCUGCUAUAUCUUAUGGUGAUUUGAUAUAUGGCCGGCAAGUUGCAGUUUAUCUGCAUCGUUGUGUGGAAGCUCCUGUGCGCCUUGCUGCCUGGAAUACGCUAACCACUUCUCGUGUUCUUGAACUUCUGCCACCUCUAGAGAAAUGCUUUACUGAUGCAGAGGGGUACCUUGAACCUGCAGAGGAUAAUCCGGAUAUUUUGGAGGUAUACGUUAAGUCAUGGACUUCUGGUGCCCUCGAUAGGGCUGCAAGUCGAGGAUCAGUUGCAUAUACACUGGUUAUCCAUCACCUUUCGGCUUUCAUUUUUAGCUCAUACACUGGUGAUAAGCUAUUGCUUAGGAAUAAACUUUCAAGGUCUCUUUUGCGAGACUUCUCUCUGAAGCAGCAACAUGAGGCGAUGAUGCUGAACCUUAUUCAAUAUAACAAGGCAUCUAUAUCGCAUGAGACCAAGCACGAGGAUGGAGUGCCUGUGGGGAAUGACGUUGAGAAGAGGCUCGAGUUACUGAAGGAAACUUGUGAAUUAAAUUCCUCACUUUUAGCUGCCGUGGAGAAGCUAAAGUCAUCCUUAAAGAACAAUCUAUCAUGAGCAAUUCUGCACUUCGUAUGCUUUUUGUAUGAGAGAGAGAGAGAGAGAGAGAGGUCAAAAACAUGUUUUUGCAUGUAUUGAUCGAUUUUCUAACUUGUAAAGGACUGGACUUAAAACUCCUUUAACUUGUGUACAUGAUAAAAUUAACAGGAAUUCUUUUAACAUGCUGGAUCCAGCUUGUGUAUGGAAUAGCAUGGGAUUGGCCAAAUAAGAAGAGGCUCCCUGUAAGAGAUUUGUUGAAG